AUGUCACAGCUGACCAUCGGACAUCAGAUAAGACAAAUCAAGCAAAGCAACCGCAGGAAGUACCUAUUGAAAGUACCACAAGUCCUCAAGAACCGCACAGACCCUCAGGUCUGCGGGGAAACGACCUGCUAGACGACAACAUAGAUACGUCGUUAAGCAAAAGGACAAACAACAAGUACAUCACUAGCGUACACGCGGCAACAUCUGAAUAGGCCAAAGUACUGAAUAGUACGCCUAUAAAUACUGCCGUCCCCAUUCAUUUGCGGACACGUUCAAUACAAGUACAAUUCUUAACCCUCUCUACUUUCUCUCUCUAGAACAUUAUCUCAUUCGCUGACUUAGGCAUCGGAGGGGGUUUCCUCGGUUAAACCCCCGAGGUUAGCUUACGUUCGUUCUGUCUGACAGGGCAGCAUCACCAAGCAGGGCUCCUCCAGUUCCACACCCGGAACAAUCACUAUUUGUGAAUUGUGAUCAAGCUCACAUUCUGUGAACUGUUGUUUUCUUUGUGUAGAGCAUUUAUAAAGAUGUUUUACUACUUGUUUAAAUUUUUUAUACAUCUCUUUUACAUAUUGUGCACUAAAACUACAUUUAUUCUGGCAGUGCUAACUAUUACUGCCAUUUUAUCUUUACCGCUGCAAGUGGUGUGUUUUCUUGCUACCCGUUUACUUCAAUUUGUUACACGUACACGGUGGAAACUAUUUCAAAGUCUCAAAAUAUAAGCUCUAUACCCGCUCUAGGAUCCUGGGAAGUAUGUUGAUAUUAACACCCACACUUGUUAUUUUGUUUGUGAUUGCCAAAACUGCUACAGGCUUAAAACAUGCUUUGUUUGCCGGAUUACCAAUAGCAAAUUGGAUAAUCAUAUACUUCUAUUUUAUAAUUCUGGGCAUCUAUGCUUUCAGCUUUUCCCUUUCAAAACUCACAUAUGCUUUGUUACCCUCAGUAGUCAGUGCCAUUGCAUCAUACAGAUAGUGGCAUCAAUGUGAAAGAAGGAGUGGCUGAGAUAGUUGAUUGUCUCAUUUUUUGGAUGGCCGAGCAUGAGGUUAUGAAACGUGUCCCUGAUUUGGAGCAUCACACAGUACUAGGGUUGCACACUCAGAAAUGGAUUGAGAAACAUCAGAGAAAAUUUGAAGCGACUUGUUGAGGUCGGGGACCAUUCAGAUUGGGGCUAUUUUGAAGAGAAGCUGCAUGAAUAUGUGGACUGCUCAGUGGAAAUAUCAUUAGAAACGAUUGAUACAUGGAUGGAAAGGGCACGUUACAACUGUCUGUACAUAGCAAACACAUUAAGUAGUGCGACGGAGGUUGCAGAUUGUUUGAACAAAAUUAUCAGCUGGCUUCUAAUUGCUGCCACCAUCAUACUGUGGUUGUUGCUAACCGGACUGGCUACAACAAAAGUAUUUGUCCUCAUCGCAUCACCAUUACUAGCUGCAACUUUCAUAUUUGGAGAUACUUGUAAGACUCUUUUUCAGGGGAUAAUGUUUGUAUAUGUGGUGCACCCUUUUGAUGUUGGUGAUUUAUGUGCGAUUGAUGGAAAACUGAUGGAGGUGAGAACAAUCGGCGUAUGGAAAACAACCUUCUCAAUAAUUGGUACGCGGGAGGAAGCGAUAUAUCCAAUUUCAGAGCUAUCCACUAAAAAUAUCAUUAACUACAAGACCGAUUUUGAUUGGAAUGACUACGUUGAGCUUGAUGUAGGUUCCUUGGCCGAGGAAAGCAUCAAUAUUUUGAAAGAAGAAAUUCGAAAACUUCUGGAUGGUGAUAAAGAUAAAUUUACACAAAGUUUCAACUGGGUGGCUGUAACAUUUGGAGAUAACUUCAAGAUAGCAGUUAAUUUUAGACACAAUGUGAACCUUAAAAACAACACUUACUUUGAAUGUCUUAAGGAGAAGCAAAAGCUACGGUCCGAGUUUAUUUUUCGAGUAAGAAGACUUCUAGAUCAAAAGGAAAAUGCUGGAUCCAAAGCUUCUACAGAGAAUUGAAAUGAGAGCUUCCCAGGUUAUGUGAUGAGAAAGCUAGCAACUAGAGUUUCGGAAAUCACAUGGAAGCUGAAACUACCUGCAAUGUACAUUUAAUUUGUUGAAAUAUGUUGAAGAGGUUAGGUUUUAUAAAAUCGUUUCAGCGGAAUUAUAACAUUUUCAUGGUCUCAUGUACAUAAUUAAUAUUAACGUAUUUCACAUAAUGUACUACUAGGAACUUGUAUUUGUAGGUUUUUUUUCUACAUUCCCUAGGGAUAUAAGACAUGUGUGACUGUAAUAUGGCUAGAGUGGAAUUAGAAUACAUUGUUGUACACUUGUAGUCUUGUACUAGGUGUUCUGGAACCAACGAGGUUUUGACCUAGUGGUUAAAACUGAGAACUCGUGUACGAUAUGUCUUAGGUUUGAUAUUCCCUCCCACAUUUGUAAUUUAUAUUGCUCUCAUCGCUCAU